GGUUGGUUAAUGAAAGUCAAUGUCGUUUCUCACAGUUUGUUGAGGCAGGUCAGUGUGUAGAUUGUGGAGAGACUACUGAUAUAUUAGCCUGCUAGUGCUAGGUCAAUGAGAGAGAGAGAGAGAGAGAGAGAGAGAGAGAGAAAUAAAAGCACGGUGGCCCUAAUGAAGAGAGGGUAUGUCUGGACUCUCAACUGAAGUAAAUGCGCAUUUGAUGCGGUGGGUCUGCUUUUAAUUGGUUUGCAGACCACCACCUACACACACACAGAGAGAGAGAGAGAGAGAGAGAGAGAGCUUGGAAGGUCUAUCAGGUGUUCGGGUACCACGGCUUUGCUCCGAUCGCUCUUCUUGAAAGUGGAAAACCACCGCCCAGAUUCAUUCGCUGGUCUUUGAAACUGGACCUGCUUUUGGUAUUAGAUGGGCUGAAAACAAAGAAAACAAAACCAAAAACCCUUCUAACCUGGAGGAGCUUAGGCUUGAUAUUCUUUCUGGGUGUUUCUCAAAAAACUUCUUUACCCAGAUAAGAUUCAAUGCAUCUUUCACUAUGGAAGCCAAUAUCCUACUGUGCUGCUCUGAUCAUGGACAAAAAGAGCAGAAGAAGAGACGGGUCUAACCAUUCGACUGAGGAAACCAAGAGAAACCCAUCAGUUCUUAGGAAAUUACAGGAGCACAAGCUGAGGGAAGCCCUGGAGGAAGCAUCUGAAGAUGGGUCCCUUGUGAAAUCCCAAGACGUGGAUGCUGCAAAUCAAGACGAUGGAUUGGGGCGAUCGCGAUCGCUUGCAAGGCUCCACGCCCAGAAGGAGUUCCUCAGAGCCACUUCUCUUGCUGCAGAACGAACAUUCGAUUCAGAAGACUCCAUUCCUGAACUUGAAGAGUCGUUUUCGAAAUUCCUCACAAUGUACCCUAAGUACCAAUCAUCAGAGAAGAUUGAUCAUCUGAGGCUUGAUGAGUAUGCACACCUAUCAGGGUCAGCCCCUAAGGUAUGCCUUGACUACUGUGGAUUUGGGUUGUUUUCUUUCCUUCAGACGGUUCAUUAUUGGGAAUCCUCCACAUUUAAUUUAUCUGAGAUUACUGCAAAUUUGAGCAAUCAUGCUUUGUAUGGUGGCGCUGAGAAAGGAACUGUGGAACAUGAUAUAAAGACUAGGAUAAUGGACUAUUUGAACAUACCUGAGAAUGAAUAUGGGCUUGUGUUCACUGUAAGUCGUGGGUCCGCUUUUAAGCUGCUUGCCGAAUCAUACCCUUUUCAUACGAACAAGAAGUUGUUAACCAUGUUUGAUCAUGAGAGCCAGUCGGUGAAUUGGAUGGCUCAGGGUGCUAGGGAGAAAGGUGCUAAAGUUUACAGUGCUUGGUUUAAAUGGCCAACCCUGAAGCUAUGCUCAACUGAUCUGAGAAAGCAGAUUUCAAACAAAAAGAAGAGGAAAAAGGAUUCAGCUGUUGGUCUUUUUGUGUUUCCCGUUCAGUCUAGGGUUACUGGAGCCAAAUAUUCAUACCAGUGGAUGGCACUGGCACAACAGAACAAUUGGCAUGUCUUACUUGAUGCAGGGUCAUUAGGUCCCAAAGACAUGGAUUCUCUUGGACUGUCCCUAUUCCGUCCGGAUUUCAUCAUCACCUCAUUUUACAGGGUGUUUGGAUACGACCCUACUGGAUUUGGAUGCCUUCUCAUUAAAAAAUCUGUUAUGGGAAGCCUUCAAAAUCAGUCUGGGCACACCGGUUCAGGUAUGGUGAAGAUCACCCCAGUUUUCCCGCUCUAUUUGAGUGACUCUGUUGAUGGUAUACCUGGAUUAGAUGGAGUUGAAGAUGAUGAAGCUGGUGGGAAUGGGGAACUAUCUUCUGAAACUCGCCCAGGAACGCAGUUGCCUGCCUUUUCUGGUGCAUUUACCUCUGCCCAAGUGAGGGAUGUGUUUGAUACAGAGAUGGAUCAUGAUAACAGCUCUGAUAGAGAUGGGGCAAGCACCAUAUUUGAAGAAACUGAGAGUAUUUCUGUCGGGGAAGUGAUGAAGAGUCCGGUUUUCAGUGAAGAUGAGUCAUCAGACAACUCAGUGUGGAUUGAUCUGGGUCAUAGUCCUUUGGGAUCAGAUAACAACGGUCAGUUAAACAAACAGAAGGUAGCCUCUCCUUUACCGCCCUUCUGGUUUAGUGGAAAGAACAAGCACCUUUCUCCUAAACCAUCGUUAAAGAUAUCAGACAACCCUAUAUACGACAAAGAGGUGCACCCAUCUUCUCAUGAGGAUCACCAUGUGCUAUCGUUUGAUGCUGCUGUUCUAUCAGUUUCACAGGAUCUCGACCGUUUCAAGGAGGUCCCGGAAGAAGAACAAGUGACUCAUCCAAACCCCACUUACCGAGAUAGCAGAAAGGGAUCAUGUCACCAGGAAAUUCAGGAGGAACCUCCUCAAACCACCAAAUAUUCUGGGGUCAAUGGGUCAACGUCUGAAAUAUGCGUGGAGACGAAAGAGAGCGCUAUAAGAAGAGAGACAGAAGGGGAGUUUAGAUUGUUGGGAAGGAGGGAAGGUGGCAGACUAGGUGGCAGUAGGUUUUUCGGUAUAGAAGAUAAUGAACAACCCGGUAGCAGGGGAAGAAGGGUAUCCUUUAGUAUGGAAGAUAAGAGUAGAGAGCAUAUGAGCCAUACAGUAGACCCCGGAGAUGUAUCUGCCACAAGUUUGGACGACGAGUACAUCAGUGAUGGAGAAUAUGGGCAUCGUUUGGACUCUGACAGAAGGGAACCCGAGUUAGAAUGCAGGCAUCUUGAUCAUGCAAAUAUGCUGGGUCUCAAUAAGACCACUCUCCGACUUCGGUUCUUGACCAACUGGCUUGUGACCUCUUUACUUCAAUUAAGGUUACCCGCAGGUGAUGGGAAUGAACCCGUGCCCCUUGUUCACAUUUAUGGUCCUAAGAUUAAGUAUGAAAGGGGUGCUGCUGUAGCUUUCAAUGUGAGAGACAGAAACCGGGGGCUAAUCAAUCCAGAACUUGUUCAGAAACUGGGUGAGGCAAGUGGUAUUUCGCUUGGAAUUGGUAUCCUUAGUCACAUAAGGAUAUUAGAUAGCCCAAGACAGAAUCGUGGGCAUUUCAAUCUUGAAGAUACUUCCCUUUGUAGGCCAAUGGAGAACGGACGGACUGAUGGGAAAAGUGGGUUCAUUCGAGUUGAGGUUGUCACAGCUUCUCUAGGCUUUCUGACUAAUUUUGACGAUGUUUACAAGUUGUGGGCGUUUGUGGCAAGGUUUCUUAAUCCAGGAUUUGUCAAAGAUGUCAGACUUCCAAACGUCGCGGAAGAUACAGAGAUGGAGGGCUAAAUGGCGCCACUCCAGUUUCUGUUGUCAAAAAUAUGGUUUUGCAUGUGAGGUUGCAUACAAAGGAUAAGAAACUGCUAUUUGUUGCUGUGCAGGGGCACUUGGUCUAUUCUUCAGGACUGCGCAGCUGCUAUCGGGUGAAUUUGUUCAUUAAUGUUUUAAUUGCUUGGGUUUUUCUUUUUCACCUUGUGGGGAGUUGUGUUGUAAAACUUGUAGAGUUGUUGGCUUUAGAAUUUUGUAUCUGUCAGGAAGCAUGAACUGAUAAAAAGUAGGACCAAAUGGGCACUAACCCUCUUCAAAAUAUGUUGGUGCUAUAUACCAUCCUGUUUAUUUC